AUGAUGAAGACGAGGGAAGAUACUGAUUCAGAAGAAUGCAGAAGAGAAGAAGACAAUGAGGAAGAGAUAGCCGAGACGAGCGGCAAUCGAGGAGAGAUGCUUUUGUCGGCCAAUGAAACAAAAGCAAGGCCACGUUCAGAUCCUGAUAGAGAUGUCAAGGGAUGGGGAAUGAAUGAUAAAGGAGUUUCGCUAGAUGUUGUUGCUUAUUCAUCGCUGAUUUAAGGUCUCUGCUAGCAGAGAAGACUGACUGAGGCUUGUGAUAUUUUCCAUGAGAUAUGGAGAUUGGAUCUACCUCCUGAUGAAUGCACAUAUACUACUCUGAUUAAUGCUUAUUGUGCAGAAGGAGAUAUUAAAAGUGCUCUUCAUUUGCAUGAUGAGAUGAUAAAAAAGGUAUUCAUUCCUGAUGUUGUUGCCUAUAAUGUGCUAUUAAAUGGGCUUAGCAAACAAGCUAGGACGAGGGAGGCAAAACAGCUUCUCUUCAAAUUGUUUUAUGAGGAGUCCAUUCGAAAUGAUGUCACAUAUACUACACUGAUAGAAAAUUAUAGUAAUACCGAGUUUAAGAAUGUGGUAGCUCUCAUAAAGGGAUUAUGCAUGCAUGGUUUGAUGAAUGAAGCAGAUCACGUUUUUGAAUCAAUGCUUCAAAGAAACUGCAAGCCUAGUGAAGAAGUUUAUAAUGUUAUUAUACAUGGUCAUUGUAGGGAUGGAAAUUUGCAGAAAGCAUUGGAUCUUUACAAGGAAAUGGUGCACCAUGGAUUUGUUCCUCAUACUGUAUCUGUCAUUGCUUUGAUAAAAGAACUUUUCAAAGAAGGGAGAAGUAAGGACUUGAGUCAAGUUAUAGAGAACACACUGAGAAGUUGUAGGCUUACUGAUGCUCAACUUGCAAAAGUCCUUGUUGAGGUCAACCACAAAGAAGGCAACAUGGCUGCAGUAUUUAAUGUUUUUACCGAAAUGGUGAAAGAUGGGCUUCUUCCAAAUAGCGGGGAAACUUUCUGUACUUCGCGAUAA